UGUUGCCGCCGGUCGCAGAUUAGUGAUCAUUUGGCCAAGUGAAUGUCUUUUCAAUUGUAACCGAAAUCAAAACAAUAUCGUCCAGUGGGUGAUAUGUAAGUGAGCCGUGCCACUCGAUACCCGUCUCUUUCCCUCGGUAUAUCCCCGUCUCUUUCGCGGCGGAGCAAGUGCGUCGGAAGAUUUGCUGACAAGCGGGUUUCAAUUUGAAUUUCGGUCUUCGGUUAUCGCUUUUCGGGACUUACGUUGGAUUUUACGUAUGCAAAGAGCGUAGUUUUGACAUUACCGUUGUCUCGACGCGUCAUAAAAAGUGACCACGCCUCCGCCUCCAUACCUCCCUGUAAAAAAACCAAUCGUUGAUUAUAACCAAGGAAAAUUUCACUUUGCAUCGAAAGCUAGUUUUUGCAUAUAAACAAAAAUUAAUGGAGGUACCACUGUGCCUGCCCACCGGACUUGGACUCGAUUUCCCAAGCACCAACCAUUCGAUGGACCUCCAUUUAACACAAUAUUAGUUAGCAUUGAGAUUCUCGAGCGUGGAAUUAACAUAAAGUUUUACCCCCCGGCUGGCCUCCAAUUAGAAACUGCCAUAAAUGCAUAAGAACUGUGCAGUGAAGUCCAUUCAAAGACUUAAUUAAGAAUUAUUAAUUAUUUAAUUGGCCUUACGCAAGCCAAGGUCGUUGGCUGAUAAAAUGCGAUAUUUACCAGAAGUUUUUCCUUUCGAAUAGAAAACAAACUAAUUAAAGAAAAAAAAAAUCGCAUAAUUAUUUGCAAGAAAAAGAAAAAAACCGAAUACAAACAAAAAAGCAAACCUCCAGAGCCAAGAUAUAUUAUAUGCUUUCGUGUUUAUAUAGCAAAGACAGAUUCAAGGUGAAUGUUGCCAUUAUUUUUUUGCUCGAGCAACAAGUGAAAAUUUAUUGGGAGUUUUUUGCUCGCGUGCUGGACAAGUAAAAAACCGAAACCGAAAAUCAACGCGAAAUAAAUGCCAUUAAAGAAAGAUACCCAAACCCGUCUGACCCGUCCUCCCAAAAAACAAUUUCUCGCUCUUGACUAAAUUCGCCAGCUAAGCCAUCAAUAAAACGUAUACGCAGCAGCAACAAAAAUGCAAAUACUGGACAGCAAAUAAUUUAACGAUAAUUUACAAAACGCCCGAGGCAUAAAACAAAAAGUUUAAUAAAAUUACACAAAAAAAUCAGCAAUAUUUCGGAUAAGGUUUUUUUUCGGAGGAGUAACGAAAAUGUCUCGGUCGACGUCGCAGUCGAUGUUUCUCGGCCGCAGCUUCUUUUUCUUCGUCACCAUCUGCGGCUGCUUUGCACAAGAUACUUCCAGCUACUAUUUUCCAUCGCAAAAUCGAUUUGUGCCAUCGGCUGGAACCUUUCCGCGCCAGCAGCCGCAAUCUUUGAGUGGAUUCCGGGCCAGUUCCGGCGGAUUUUCCCCAUCGCCGGGCUCCUACCAGGAACAGCUCCUGUUCAUAGCCAACGAAAAUGCCAAGCAAUCCCCGGCAGCGGCCACCUCGCCAUUCGGAACUCAAUUUGGAGGCGGUAGUUCCCAGUUUGCGAAACCGAAUCGCCAGACGGACUAUUACGAUAUAUCGCCACGCCCCUUUGGAGUACCGGCUGCACCGGGGGUUUCGGCGGGAUUGGGAGCCGGAGCGGGAUCUGGUGCAACGUCCGCGGCGCUGACCAAUGGCUUCACACGCUCCAAGGCGAUACGGAAUGGAUCGGGAAAUAGUUUGAACGGUGGAUUCCAGCCGCAGACGCAGCGCAUCAAUGUUCCCCACCAGCAGACGCAAUUUCUGGCCCACUUCAGCGAAUCUGGGAACGAAAAGCGUCCGGUGACCAGCAGUCGUCCAUCUUUUGGCAAUGGAGGCUUCUCACCCACCAGAACUCGUACCCAAGCCCCUGUUUCGGCUCUUCCGGAGAAUCCAGCCACCCCGGCAGCCACACCUUUUAGACCCCGCAAUCGCUAUCAACCUGGCAGCUCCACUGCAUCCACCACGACCACGACUACUGGAAGUGCAGAGGUCAGCAGCAAGCGUUACAAUCGAUUUGGCAGCAAUCGGGCCAAGUCCACUAGCACCACAUCAACCACUCCAAACUCUCCUUCAGAACGUCCCAGUUUUGGAAGAAAGUCUCCCAAUCCCAGGCGACCCGUCUUCAUUAGUCGCGAAGUAAACGAACCAGUGAGUGUGGUAAGCAAGCGACCCUUCAACUACAGUGGAGCCAGGCUAAAGCUGCCGGCCAGACCCACUGCUCGCACCACCAGCACCACCGAAAGUGCCGAGGAAGAGGAGGAGGAUGUCCUGGAUGAGGAGCAAGAAGAUGAGGAGCAGGAGGGCAGCGAUGAGCUGUAUGAACAGGAAUCGGACGAGGGAACUGAAGAGCACUCCGAGUCCUCCAGCUUGGAGAAGUUACCACUCCAAGAGGAGAACGUAACCCCAGUGACGGUGGCCAAGAAUGAAGCAUCCUUACCUGUAGAAUCAAACUCUGAAAUCACCACCAUUUCCGAAGUGGAUCAUGAGAGCACCAGCAUUGGCAGCACUGAAGAAAGCCAAACGGAUGUCUCCGAGGUCACCAUUGCCGAGAUUGAGGUCACCACUCUGCCCCCUGCUAAUGAGGAGGAGAUUGUAGAAGAAGCCACCACCAUUGUUCCACAAGAAAACCAAUCCACUGAAGAUCUCCAUGUGGAAGAGCCAAUCGUGACCACUGAAACGCCAGUGGAGAGCACCUCCAAGCAGGAGGAAAUAGAGAUUCAAAAGGUGGAGGAGCAUGUGUCCAAGCCGGAGGAGAACGUGUCCAAGCCGGAGGAGAACGCGUCCAAGCCGGAGGAGAACGUGUCCAAGCCGGAGGAGACAAAGUCAUCCAAACAGGAGGAGCACAGCUCAUCCAAAACAGAGAACCAAAGCUUGAACAAGCAGGAGGAGCAAUCCGAGUCCCAGUACGAUGACGAAGGCGAGGGUGAGGAAUACGAGUACGAUGAUGAGGAGGGUAGUGAGGACUCCACUAGGGAGGUGGAAAACCAGGACUCCAAGGCAUCCACCCCAAGUGGCGAGCACGAAGACGAUCGUGAAAUCAUAUCGGUGGUGACCACCAAGAGCGUGGUCAAUGGAUCUACGGUACUACCAUCUCCAGUUACUCCUGCCUCCAACUUGCUAACCGAAGAGGCGGAAGAAGAGGAGGAGGAGGAGGCAUCUCAUGCUGAUCUUAAAUUGGAGACCACCACACCCAUUACCCUGGAAGAGGAAAAGGCCAGCAAUGCCACCGAAAACUAUGUGGUGGUGGCCUCCAUCCAACCCAGUCGUAGCAUCAAUGGAGCCCGGUUCCUGCCCUUCCCCGCCAUUGAGCAGGAAGAGACCAAGCAGACCCUCUCCGAGCUGGAGAGGAAGGUGCACUCCAAGCAGCAGCAGACGCCGGCUCAAAAGCCAUCGGAGGGCAGCGAGGAGGUGCAGCCAAGUUCCUCCUCCAGUCAACCUCCCGUGGUUGCCUCCACGGAGAGCAUCAUCGACAAGCUGGAUCGCGUGCAAUCGGAGCUCUCCAGUGGCUUGCUCUCGGGCAAGUACCCCAUCAUCAGCCAAAUGGACUCAUCCACGCCAGCAACUAGCACCACUGUGGGAACAGGUGCCGGAAAAUUCGCUCCUCACAUUCGGAAGUAUCAACCCAGGACCACAUCCCAUGCUCCCAGAACCACCAGCAGUGGCAAUAAAGUGAAAGUCCACCACUUCGAUGAUGGGGAAAUGGAUGAGCUGGCCACCCUACUCCCGGUGGGCUUCAAGUCAAGACCAAGCUACAAAAAUCGUAAGAUUACGACCACCACAGAAGCUCCACCAGCUGAGGUAUCGAAAGCCAAACCAGGACGCAACUCCACCAUCAGUCGAUCCUUUAAGAGUGGUCAGGUGACCGUGCAAGAUGUGGCCCAGGCGGGACUGCUGCCCAAGGGUUACAAGCCGCCCAAGACCACCUCCACGACGACCACUACUGGCAGACCGGAGGAGAGUAGUCCUUCCUCUGAUCUGGAGAGCCUCUUUAGCGAAAUAAAGUUUGAUGAAAACUUGGCUUCACUCCUUCCCAAGGAUUACAAAUUGAGCAGUUCUCCCAAGCCGCCGGCGAAUACGACCACUUCCAGUCCCUCGAGCACUCCCAGAAAUCUCCCAGUUGCCGUGCCUUUCGAUGAUUUGAGCACUUUCCAGCUGCCUCCUGGUUACAAGGCUCCAGCGGCCAAGGAGGAACCCAAGUUGCCACUCGCAGUAACCCCCAUUAAAAUAGACAACUUGAAGGAUCUUCUACCUCCUGGAUUCAAACUUAAUGAAACGGAGAGCGAUACUAGCGAUGAAAUUCCAGCUUCCCUGCUGCCACCUGGCUACAAACCCAAGAAACUGCAUCCCGCCUCCACCAGCACCACCUCCACCACAACAACAACAACGGGUAAACCCAAGGCGGUGGUUUCCAGUACCACUGAAGCUACAGCUGCUACGGAACCUGCUGGAGGAAGUGGCUUAAAGGUGGUGUUCCCGAAGGGCUUCCACAAAAGACUGGGCUCCCACCGUCUGACCACACCUCAUCCCUCAGGAGAGGGAGGUCCUUCCACUGAAUCCUCGAACUCUGGUCCACAGGUGAUGAUCAAAAAGGGUCCACCAACCAGAGCCACCACCGAGUUCACCGGCUGGCCAACUCCACCCACCACGCCGCUGUCCAUCGACAAGCUAAAUGCCCAGACCAUUAACUUUGAGGAUCUGCUGACCGCCAGUGGAACCAGCAGUACCACGAGCACUACCACCACUUCGACUAGCACCACCACUACGACUACUCCACGACCUACAAAACCGGGUCACUGCACCGCCGACUGCGAUCUGGCUGCCACCAUCAAGAUCAUCGAUGGUGUGGCCUGGAAGCCGGAACUCCUGGAUCACAACACCUUGGAGUGGAAAAAUCUAGCCCAUGAGCUGGAGGCACAGCUCAAUGACGUCUAUUCCGGAGCCCCUCAGCUGAACAAGUGGUACAAAAAGGUGCGCAUUGAUAGCUUCAGCAAGGGCAGUGUCCUGGUCGACUACUAUGUGGAGCUGGCCAACAUAACCGAAGAUGUGGACACCUUGGAGAUCCGACAGCUCUUCCACGAUGCCCUCACCAGGCCAGCCACUCCGGUUUUGCCCGACAAAGAUGCCCAGGAGAAUGAAACGGACAGUGUUUCGGGUCCACAAGAGGAGCAGCUGGUCACGGCCAGCUAUCAGAUGGGCAAAUACAUCAUCGAUCCGGUGGCCACAGAUUUUAGUGUCAUAGCCAAAAAUGUUCACACUAAUGUGGAGUUUGCGGAGGAGGAUCUGCUCAUUCCCCAAUGGGCGAUUGUGGUGAUUGUGAUUGGAGUGGGUUCCCUGGUGUUUGUCGUCAUCUUUGGCGUCACAGUGUUGCUCAAUCGCCAGAAGAGGGCCAAAAAGACGCCUAUACCUCUUACAAACGAUAUGCUAAACGAGCUGAAGGUCAACCAUAUGGGUGGUGCGGACAAUUAUGGGGUAGAUGACUUCUACAACAUUGAUGAUCCCUGGAAUGAUACCAAGCAACCUAUUAAGCCGAAGGUACCACAACGUUCCUCUCGCUUUACCAACUCAAUGCACGGCAGCAACAGUUCCAAUAUCUAUGACAGCUGGCGCUCCACCCGUCAUCCGCAUUCUAGCGGGGAUUACUUCUACGACCAGCAGCCGACCUAUUCGCAGAAGGGCGACUCGCUGAAGAGGCCGCAGCUCCACCAUGGCAACCACGGUAGCCACAGCCAGUAUCCCGCCAAUCACCACCACCAGGCGCCGCAGCAGCAGCAGCACCAACAGGCCUAUGGACACCAGUAUCCGGAUGCCUUCGCCGAUGCCCACCAGAUGUAUAGCUAUAACAACCAUGCGAGUCGGACGCGCUAUUCCCGCGACUAUGAUCCCGAUUUUUGAGCGGGUUAUCUUAUCUUGACUGGACUGGACUUUGGAUGAUCCAGAUGAUCCAUCCUUAGCCGUGCACUAGCUUUAGUAACUUGCGAACGAUUUUGAGUUGUAACUUAAUAGCGUAAAGAUUCGUAGUUGUAAUGCUGCUAUAAUUUAUCGUACUGCCCCCGCUGGCUUGGCUCAAAAGUCGUACACUUUUCAGUAACCACAGCCAGCCGUAGCUAAACUAUGUAUAAGCUAUCUACUUUUGUAUACUUAAUUGGAGCUGCUAUAUCUAAUAUACGUACGAAGGAAAUGUUUCUGAAAAGAACGUUGGGGCAUGCACCCCGGAAAAUAAAUAGUCAUGCACUCUUAGUUAAUCCUAGUUGUAAAGUAAAACUAGAUACACUACAAUAUAUACUUUGUAUUAUUUAAAGUACUGGCGGCUUGCUAUAAUACUAAUGAUGUCUGAGACUAGACAGAAAAUAAAAAAACUAUAUACACAGA